GGAACAUCUCCUCCUCGACACCCAUCGCUGCGGAGUUGUAGUUGCUGUUCUUGCUGGUUUUUCUAACCUGUUUUCAAUUGCUCGCCUGCUCCGCUGUGCGGAAACCCUUCCAUCAUGCGGUGGAGCCUUUCCUUCCUUCUGUUCUGCUUCUUGGCUGUUGUACAUGCGCUCAGUAGUUCGGGGAACCGUCUGCUGGUCGUCUUGGAGGAUGCUGCCGAGAAGGACCUUUACUCCACGUUUUGGAGUGAUCUAGAAGCUCGAGGAUAUGAGCUGGUUUUCGAAUCGCCCAAGAGCGACAAGCUCUCCCUCUUCGAUCUUGGAGAGAGAGCUUACGACCACCUUCUUCUGCUCCCUCCCAGGUCCAAAGGAUUUGGACCUUCUUUGAGCCCCAAGAACAUCGUCGACUUCCUGAACAAGGACGGUAACGUCCUCCUCGCCCUCUCGGGCAAGUCCACCACCCCUAGCGCCAUCAGCUCGUUGCUCCUGGAACUCGAUCUUCACCUGGCUACCGACCGUUCGUCCGUUGUUGUCGACCACUUCAACUACGAUACCCUUUCUGCUACCGAUAAGCACGAUGUUCUGCUUCUCCAGCGCCCCGGCCAGUUGAGGCCUGAUACCAAGGCUUACUUCGACGGAGAGGGUGUCCUGGCUUUGCCCAGGGCUGCUCCUCACACGCUGGGUGACAAUUCUCUGGUUGCGCCUAUCCUGCGCGCUCCCGCGACUGCCUACAGCUACAACCCCAAGGAAGACUUGGGUGCCGUGGAGGAUGUUUGGGCCACUGGGUCCCAGCUGGCUCUUGUCUCGGCCAUGCAGACCAGGGGUUCCUCUCGCUUCACCCUACUUGGCUCUGUGGAGUCUCUCCAGGACAAGUGGUUCUCCGCGACUGUGAAGGCUCCCGGCAACGGAAAGGAAACGGGCACCGCCAACCAGGAGUUCGCCAAGCAGCUGACUGCUUGGACGUUCAAGGAGACCGGUGUCCUGAAGGUUGGUAAGAUCGAGCACCACCUGGCUAAGGACGACCUUACCUCCGAGGACCUGAACCCCACGAUCUACCGCAUUAAGAACGAGACCGUCUUCAACAUUGAGAUCUCCGAGUACAGCUACGACAAGUUCGUGCCUUUCGAGGUCCCCGCCAACGAUGCCCUCCAGCUCGAGUUCACCAUGCUUUCUCCCUUCCACCGCCUGAAGCUGGAGCCUUCUUCCCGCACCGAGAACAGCACUAUCUAUAGCGCGCAAUUUACCGUUCCUGACCAGCACGGUAUCUUCUCCUUCCGGGUCAACUACAAGCGCCCGUUCCUCACCAACAUCGAGGAAAAGCACGAGGUGACGGUCCGUCACUUUGCUCACAACGAGUACCCCCGCAGCUGGAAGAUCAGCGGAGGUUGGGUCUGGAUCGCCGGCCUCUGGUCUGUGAUCGGCGGCUUCCUGGCCUUCGUGUUCGUGUGGCUCUACUCGGAGCCCACCUCGGCGAAGGUCAAGAAGACGCAGUAAUGUAUCAUUUGAAAGAUUAGUAAAUGAAAUAUGCACAUUGCGUCC